AUGGCUCAACAGAAGGAACUGAGCAGUGUGACUGAGUGGAGAAUAAAAAUGGCAGAUGGUUCAUCUGAAGCUUUGGCUCAACAAACCGGGCUUGCCUGCCGAGCUUGGCUUGCUCUGAAGGGUCUGAUUAUGGGGUUGAUCUUGAAAGUAUGCGAUUUCUUCAAGAACGCUUGGGAUUUGGGACAAAAUGACCCUAGGAAAGUGAUUCAUUGUUUGAAAGUAGGGAUGGCACUCACUGUUGUUUCACUGUUUUAUUAUAUGAGACCUUUGUAUGAAGGUAUGGGAGGAAAUGCUAUGUGGGCAGUCAUGACUGUUGUGGUUGUCUUUGAAAACACAGUUGGGGCAACAAUAUGCAAAUGUUUAAACAGAAUUUGUGGAACCUUUAUUGCUGGUUCCCUUGCCAUUGGCAUCCAUUGGAUAGUGAGUCAAUCAGGAAAAGAAUUUGAGCCUUUCAUCAAUGGGAUUUCUGUAUUUUUGUUAGCUUCUGCAGUUUCCUUCUCAAGAUUUAUACCAUCAGUCAAAAAGCGAUUUGAUUAUGGUGCGAUGAUCUUCAUCCUCACAUUCAGCUUAGUUACAGUGUCAGGUUACCGGGUGGAUAAAUUAUUGGAGAUGGCCAACAAUAGAGUCUACACCAUUAUCAUUGGAACUGCAUUGUGCAUUAUGAUAACCAUGAUUAUUUGCCCCAUUUGGGCUGGGGAGGAACUAUAUAUGCUCAUUACUCGAAACAUGGACAAACUUGCCUAUUCCUUAGAUGGUUGUGUUGGAGAGUAUUUCAAUGACAGCGGAAGCUCUUCUGAUGAUGACAAGGAAUCUGAUAAGAAAUUGCUUGGCUACAAAUGUGUUUUAACCUCAAAAGCAACAGAAGAAGCCAUGGCUAAUUUUGCAAGGUGGGAGCCUGCACAUGGCCGCUUCAACUUCAGACAUCCAUGGAAACAAUACCUCAAAGUCGGAGCAUCAAUGCGUGCUUGUGCCUAUUGCAUCGAUGCCCUUGAUGGUUGUGUGAAUUCCGAAAAUGAGGUUCCUGAGUUGAUAAAGAAGCAUAUGAGCAGCAUUGCUUUGAAAGUGAGCUCUGAGUCUUCAAGAGUCAUAAAAGAUCUUGCAAGGAGUAUGAAGACAAUGAAGAAAUCAUCUAAUAUAGAUUAUUUGGUUGGAGAAAUGAACAAUGCAGUCUUGGAGCUCCAGGAGGACUUAAAAUCUCUUCCUACUUUAUUUAUUAAUCCGCAGCCACUACAAGGAGCCGACUGUCCUGAAAAAAAGAACACAGGAGCAGUUGCUCUCAUGGAUAUCAUGCCACUUGUGACUUUAGCUUCUUUACUCAUUGAGAUUACUACAAGGAUUGAAGGCAUGGUUAAUGCAGUUGAAAAACUAGCUGAGAUGGGUGUGUACAAGUCUGUUGCAGAUGAGAAGAAUCAAAACCAGCCAGUUAGUAAAUCUAAUGUACCAGAUGAACAUAAGCAAGAGGUGUGA